AAGGAAGUCACGUAUUUGAGAAUAUGUAUAAUUAUGCUUUUGACAUUGCCCGGCCUGUUUGUGCCACCUUUCCUAGUCACAUUGCCUACUAGUCAAGUAACAUGGACUCCUUGAGUAAGACUUGGCACAACGUGGCCUUUUUGUAAGGGGUACUGGUUACAAUCUGCCCGAUUACAGAAUACAUAUUUAUGGAAUCAUUGAAAACUUCUAGAUAAAGUCCACACUCCAUGUGUCAAUGCCCAUAAACCUUUAUACCCCUCCUCACAUAAACCAAACCAGCACAGCACCAGGCAGAUCAUUAUGGCCCAGACACCGCAACAAAGAAAGGCAAAUGAGAGAUUUGCGAAACAAGAAUCUGCAAAGCGUGGUAAAGGCAGGACAAGUACAAAGCUGAAGCAGACUUCAAGGUCACCGGUGUCUACUGGCUGGUUAGUGAUACUUGCGUUUGUUGUCUGUGGUGGGGUCUUCCUUGAGUUCCUGGGGAUCAUACCAAAGCUGUGGUCAACCAUUGUCGCAUAUUUCAGUCGCCUGAUACUCUGAGUCCGUCAAUAAUACCCUCACCGGAUGUGGCAGCUUGGAGUCCUUGUUUUUCCAAAGCGCAACGACGACGAUAAGCGCACCCUAUUGAUAUCCCAUGUCUGUUGAUUCACGUGCCACCUGC